UUUAACUUUUAUAAUAAUAAAUAUUACUAAGAAAUAUUAACAAUAUCAGUGUAUAAAUCAGUAAUAAAAAAUGGCUGCUGUCGAACGUUUUGAUAUUGAAAAAGUUGCUCAAAUAUUUCAAGAUAGUUUACGUGACGAUGAUGAUGUUUCAAUGGAUGAUUAUUUAAAAGCAUACGAGGAAAUAAACAAAUUUUUCAGUUUGUUGGGUUCAGUAUUUGGUUUUGUAAGCAGUGAUGUGAGAUCGAAAAUCGAAAUUUUAACAACGUUUCGAAAGGAAACGGAUGUGGAAAAAGCUGAUAAAUUUCUUACAAUCAAAACAAUGAUGUCAUAUGAAAAGGAUGCUAAUUUAUUAAAGGAUACUAAAUAUGUUUCGGGCAGUCGUACACUGUUGCGUUUACAUAGAGGAUUGGAGUUUGUCUAUGAAUUCCUCAAUCGUUUAGGUGACUUGUGUGAAAGUGAUAAAGUGCAUGGUUGCUGUAAGACGGCAUAUGAAUCGACUUUGGCCAAAUAUCAUCCCUGGGUUGUACGCAAGGGCGCAUUGGUGGCCAUGUAUGCCUUGCCCACACAAGGUGAACUGUUAAAACGUGUGUGCUGCAAUGUAGAUCGUAUAUCAGAAUUCUUACCCGAAAUGUUAAAUAAUACCAAAACGGUGUAUGAUCGCACCCAGGCGCUGUACACUCUCUAUGAUCUGCAUCAAUUGCCUUAAGUUGGUUGUUAGUAGUUUAAAAUAUUUCAAUAAUAUUGUGGUUCAUAUCAAACUUUUUUUAAAAAAGGUUUGUUUGGUAUUUAAGAAUUCUAAACAAUUUGUUUUUAUACGAUUUAUAAACCCAUUUAGUUAAUUGUACUUUAGCUUGAUUUUGUUUGUUUCUUUUGAGACGUGUUCAGUAUUUAUUGUUUAUUUAAUUUGUGCAGCUUUUAUGUUUUUUUUGUUAGACCUAUUUAUAUUGCUUUUAAUUUUGUAAGUAUGAGCGUGCUUUAGUUUUCCCAAUUUUUAACAUUCCUUUAGUAUGUAUUAAUUGUUUGUCUCAAUGUGCUACACUACUUGCCUUAUUAAAUAAACGAACAUUUAUUCAUUCAUAUACAUAGGUACAUUAAUAAUUAAAAAAAUGAUUGAAAAUAUCUUUAAAAUAUUAGACAUAUUACAGAAAAUAAAGUUUUUGCUUCAAUUUAAAAAA